CUUUUUGGACAAUUCCAACUGAACAAGCUUCCACUACAUUUAGAGGCAACCGGAGCUGAGCUUUUCGCAACUUCAUAAAUUCACACUUCUGGUAUUGCGCAUCGUUUUGACGCAAUAUCGUUAGAUAUCUACAUAUGGCGCCGCUUAUCGACUUAGUUAGUGCCCAAUUGGCGGGAUUGGCGAAGCGGGACGGAGUGUGCAGAGACAAUGAAUACUAUCGAUACGGCAGGUGUUACAGCGCCUGGUAUUGGUAUGGUCGAUGGAUCUUCGCUGCCAUAGUCAUCGCUCUCAUUAUCGCCGUUGUCUUUUUUAUGAUAUGCUCCCGUCGUCGUAAGCGUCGCGGUCUCCAGCCCAUGUACGGUACGGGCUGGAUGGCUGGAAAUGGCGGUCCGAACAACAACGCAGCAUAUUACAAUAAUCCUCAACCGGGCUACGCCAACCCCCCUCCGGCAUACGGAGCGCCACCCGGCCAGUCCUUCCCGAUGCAAAACCAGUACACUGGCACUACCUUCUCGCCUAAUGACGGUUACUACGCCCAGAACGAGGGUGUCCAGGCGCCCAAGAACGUCUACAACAACGGGCAUAAGGACGACUACGCUCCUCCCGAGGGCCCCCCGCCCAAUCGAUAAACUAGCAGCGGAAUUAGGUGCACGAGCAAUGUCAAUUGAAGAGCAAAUGGAUCAGAUACGAAUCGGACAUACCCUUAUUGAGGCUAGUGGUUUAAGGCGUUAGAAAAGGCUCUAUUGAUUGAUCGUUUUCCGUGUUGGUAAUGAGGUGGUUGGCAAAGGGAAACGUGUAUCACGUCUAGAGUACUAUAAAUUUCCUAUCACGAAUGGAGGGGGACAUGCGUCUCAUUCUCUUGCAUUCGCCUA